AUGGGGCCCCUGGGGGGUUCACUUUUGGGGUUUUGGGUGGCGCUUGCUGCUGCUGCAGUCCUCCCUUCAGAUGUUUGCACAUUGCAGCAGCAGCAGCAGCAGCAGCAGCAGCAGUUGCCUUCUUUCCCCUCCUUUCUGUCCCCAACUGCCCCCCUCUGCAGAGGGGGCCCCUCUCCCCCCCUGGGGGGCCCCUGGGGCCCCUUAAAGUGGUCUUGGGGGCCCCCAAGCGGGGGCCCCCCAACGCAGCAGCUCCUUUGGAAGAGCCCGCUGGGGGCCCCCCCCGCGAGGGCCCCUUCAGGGGCCCCGGCUGGGGGCCCCUCAGGAGAGGGGGCCCCCGGGGGCCCCCACAGGGGGCCCCCAGGAGGGAUGCCAGGGGGGCCCCCAGGGGCCCCCCGGCCCGCUCUGCGCCCCUGGGACAAUCUUGAGAUAUUUCCUUUAGAAGAAGGGGCCCCAGAGUUGGGGGCCCCUGCUGCUGCAGUGCAGGGGGCUGGGGGGCCCCUCCGGGGGGCCCCUGUACCCUUUGGGGGCCCCCCUAGGGCGCCCACAGCUCGGCUGCCUCGCGGAGAGUUCCGGCCGAAGCAAAGUUUGGGUCAGAACUUUUUGGCAGACUCCAACAUCUGUCGGCGAAUAGUAAAGGCAUUUAAAGCUGCUGUUGCUGCAGCAGACCUGCGCGAGCAGCAGCAGCAGCAGCAGCAGCAGCAGCAGCAGCAGCAGCAGCAGCAAGGAGGGCGCCGCAGCAGCAGAGUGGUCGAGGUGGGCCCCGGGACGGGGGCCCUCACCCGUUUGCUGUACCCUCUUUUCCCUGACAUGCUUGCUGUGGAAAUAGACCCCAGGGCCAUUUCCCUCCUCAGCCAAAGGCUUCCGGGCCUCCAGAUGCUGCACGAGGAUGUCUUGCAGGUCAACUGGCCGUAUCUCGCGCACCACAUGAAUCGUCUGCGCAUUGUUGGCAAUCUUCCCUUUUACCUCACGAGCCAAAUGGGGCCUUCUCUGCUGCAGCUGCUCUUUUGCCUGCUGGACUGCCGCCAAUAUAUCGACUUAGCUGUAGUGACACUCCAAAAGGAGGUGGCCGAGGUGGAGUCUGCUGUGGUGCGCGUUGAGUUCCGCCACGAAAGCGACGAAGAAAUUCUUGGGGGAGUUUGUGCAAGAGACCUCAAGAAGGUCCUGUUUGCUGCUUUUGGACAGCGACGAAAGAUGCUGAGACAAAGCCUGAAGCCCAUUCUUCCCCCAGGGGCCCCCGUACCCCCACAGUUCGCUAGCCUGAGGCCCCAGGCCCUGAGUCCCCCCCAAUUCCUGCAGCUGACUGCUGCAAUAUUUGGGGCCCGGGGGGCCCCCGGGGCCCCCUGCAAGGCUCCCUUGGGGGCCCCCCGAGGGGGGCCCCUGGGGGGGCCCCCCGAGGGGGCCCCCCAGGGGCCCCCUCUGGAGCCCCCUGAGGGCCCCUCCCAAGGGCCCCUCCAGGGGCCCCCUCAGGAGCCCCCACAGGGGGCCUUCCAGGAUCCCCCCCAGGGGCUCCCCAGGGGGGCCCCCCAAGGGGGCCCCCAGGGGCCCCCCCAGGGGGGCCCCCAGGGGGGCCCCCAGGUCAGCCAGCUGGGCACAGGGCCCAUACCAAAGGUCCCCGUUGUGUGGCGGAAGAAGAAGCAUGGAGACUAUUAG